AUGUGGAUGUGCGACCUGGAGCCCGUGGAGCUGCUCCGCCUGCUGCGGGGCGCAGCGCAGCCGUGUCAGAACAUCGCGCACGACGUUGACGGCAGCCGAGCCGAGCAGUCGGUGGCGCCCGUUGACUGCAGCGUGGUGCACGUGCAGGAGUCGGUCGUGCGCAACACUGGCGGCGCACUUGGUGCGCGGCGCGGGACCGCUGAUCGGCGUCCGAAGGCCGCGGUGGGCAAGGCCGUGCUGAAGACGAAAGGCAGCGGCGGCGGCCCAGAGCCAGCGGACGCUGCGCGUGACGCUGCUGCUGGCGUGGUGCAGCGGUGGUGGCGCGGCUCGAGCGGCGCGCGUGCGGCGCGUGCGGCGGCUGCGCCCUCGCCGCCGCUGGCGGCAGCCCCUGCCAUCAAGAUGACGAAGGGCAAGGCCAAGCAGGGCGCGGAGAUCCUCACCGAGGCGAUUCGCGUCGCUGAGCGUGAGGCCGCCGAGCUGGCCAGCGCGGCCCUGGUGGAGUCCUUUAAGGCGGAGCUCGUGCCCGUCUUGAACGCGGUCGCGGAGAAGCUCGGGAAGCGCGCGGUGGUGGCCGCUCUCGGCAGGCUCCGUGACGGUGCCCAGCUGGCGCUGGGCCAAGGCAGUUCCACGGCCGUCUGGGUGCAGUUCGCCGCGGAUGCCGAGGAUGCCCUCGGUUCCGACUGCGACGACUCUGGCUGA